AUGAAUAAAAUGCAGAUUUUUGCCGGCAUAAUAUUUUCGCUUUACACAACAUUCGUCAGAUCUGUGGACUUGAAGCCAGGUAAACCGGUCCCUCACGCCGAAGUACUUGACGACAUAUUCACAAAGUUCCUCGGAGACUCUUACAGCAACAAUGGUCUGUUCGACCUGAUUCUCGGCGGCGAGCAGAGCAACAACACAGACAUAACGAAUGACACCCUCGACAUCUCCGACAUCAAAAUACUAGAUGUUGACAGUGUCAGAAAGAUCAUCAACUCCGCCAAAAAGAAACACGAACAGCAAGAAAUAGCUAACGCCAGGCGAUCCAAUGACUUUCGGAGACGUGAAUCGUAUGACAUUCAUAAAUCAAUCAACAAUAAAACGCUCGAACUCAUGCUGCAUGAAAUCUACUUGGUUAAAGACAGAAUGAACUCCACCCUAUACUUUCGAAAGAAGUACAGGGAGUACCACAGUUACCAAAUUGCAUUAAUGUACGGCGCGGGAAAUGCACUCCUGGCUAAAAUGGAAAGCCUCUUGGCUUACUUCAAUCACUUCAAAUGGAAGACUCAUUUCAUUUGGUGGCUUAUUAUUUACGAAAAGAUAUUGGCGUGUAAUAUUGACAUUAAUAAUAUUGUGGAGAGGAUUUUUCAUGUUCAGAAAAUGUUUGCUAUAUCGAGGGGGCCUAAGCCGAAGUCGAAGUCGCAGCUGCAGGACAUGGCGAACCGGCCCAACGUCCCCAAGGGGGCUCUGCAGUCCGCGCUGGACCGCCACGACCCGCUCGAAGAUAAGAAGCAGCUAAUUGGAAAAUAA